AUGAAGAACAAAGAAGAAAAUACAAGAAAAAGAAAACAAGAUUAUCAACCUAUAUUUCUAACUCCAGUAGAUUUUCAACUGUCUCGUGGAACCAAUUUGGAUUUGUCUUCAGUGAGACCAGUUUUGAGUGAUGUUUCGAAUACAACUCCUACUGGAGAACCUACUCAACAGUUUACUCAUCCAUCAAAUGUGUUCAGUUCUGCAAAUCCAAACUAUGAUAAAGGUAAAGGGAAAUUGCUACAGUAUUCUAAGAGAUUUGGUGCAACUUCCAGAGAGUUUGGAGGUGAUAACCAAUGUAACUUUGCUCAGAAUUCAAACAACAUUUCAAGCAGAAGUACAUGCUUGAAGAUUAAACCUGCUAAUCUUUUACAAGCUUUCUCCAAGUCUGACAGUAACAAGCAAACAACUUUACAAAUGCCUUCUAUCAAUAAAAAGAGAAUGUUAGGGGAAGAAGAUGGUUCUUUUGAACCAAUAAUUCAUUAUUCCUAUGAGGUUGAAGACUAUAGUGACACGAGCUAUGAUCUUACUAGCAAAGAGAGUGAUUCUGAUUCAGAAGUCGGUGCUAAUAUUGAAAGAGAAUCUGUUGCAUGUUCUGUACCUGAUGAACAAAGGUCUAGGAUUUUGCGUAUGGCUGACAUAUUUAAAACCAUGUUUCAAGAUAUAGUUUCUCCAUUGGGUUAAUCUUCAUCAACAUUACAAAUGGGUGACUCCUCAGCAACUUUAAAAGUGGGUGAAUCUUUAUCUACCACACAGUGUGAUUCCUUAUCUGAUAUUAGCCUGUCACUGUCUC